CAAAAACCCAGAAGCCGGACAAAAAAAAAAUCCAUUAGUAUAUCUCAUUUUGGGCAAGAGAAAGUGAAUCCGCCAUUGACAAAAAAAAAAAUGUACCCUUUUACUCAGAAUCACUAACUCCAUCUUCAAUCCUCGCAAUGACAACUAUUCUGCAAAUUCCCAUUAUAACUUCUUCAUCUUCAAAUGUUCUACUCUACAAUAGAGGCAAGAAGCAUGUAUACAGCUCAAAGUUUCAACAAUCUACAAUUCGCUACUCUAUAAGUAGCUUGGAAACGGGUUUCCAUGGAAAGAGAUGGUCUUUCUUAGGAGGAACGAACUUGUAUAAAGAUGGAGGGUUUCGUGUGAAGGUGAUGAACAUAAGAAAGAGAAGGAACAGAGUGAUUCUGAUGAGCUUGAAUCGAGGGUUUGGGUUCAACGGCGGCGGAGGAGGAGGAGGAGGACAAGAUGACGGUUCCACUGGUAGAGUUUUGGGUAAUCUUGCUAUAGCUAUUGGAUUGACUUACCUUACCAUGACUGGGCAGCUUGGUUGGAUUCUUGACGCAAUUGUUUCUUUAUGGAUCCUUGCUUUUCUCAUACCUAUUGUGGGUUUUGGAGUUUUUCUAUGGUGGGCUGGAAGAGAUAUACUUCAAAGCAGUUGUCCGAAUUGUGGAAAUGAGUUUCAGAUUUUGAGGUCUACUAUCAAUGAUGAAUCGCAGAUGUGCCCAUUUUGUAGUCAGCCAUUCUCAGGUUUUGUAAAUUCUUAGCUUAAGAAUAAGAACUGCAGUGAAUUCUCUUUUAAUUCUAGACAUGGGUUGUUUAGAUUUUGGUGUUCUUUCUACUCCUGCAGUUGCAGAUGACAUGUUUGUAAGAGAACCUGAGCAGUUCUUCAACAAAUUCUCUCAGUCUAAGAAGAAAGCAGAAGUGAACUAUUCUAGUAAUCCCACCAUUGUUGAUGUUGAAGCUGAAGUAAGAGAUGUAGAUUGAAGAUACAAUUCAUAUAAUCUUGGAGUUUGGCUGGAGGUUAAUAGUUCUGAGUAUAGUAAUACAAUUUUGUUUUCUAUAUUGUUCUUGAGAAAAAAAAAGACAUCAGUACAGUAUAUACAUAUAAAUUACAGACAGCCUUGUUCAAAUAUAACUCUCUGAAUUCUCUCUUCUGUCUUAUCUCUGAUUAUGAAUUUGUGAUUAUUUGGCGUUGCUUA